AUGUCUCUUGUGUCCAUUUCGGAGGGAGUUCGUGCAGGUUUGGUGCUGAAAAGACAUGUGGUUUGUUUCACUGGAACUUCUAAUGAUCAAGGUUUAAAGUCCAUAUCCGAUCUGCUAUCUCACAUGGAUAACCCUGCCGUACCGUCCCCACAAUCAUGCAGUAUUGAUAGCUUACCGGAUACUGAAACGCAGAAUGGCAUUUCAUGUUAUCUAGUACCGUAUAGUGGUACUGCUGAAAUCGAUUAUGAGUUGCAAAAUAGGUUUGCUCUGUGGUUGCACAAAUCCACUGUUCCUGUUAUACUAGUGUUACAAGAUAAUCCACUUAUGAUCCCUUAUCUAAGGCAUCAAUUCUGGUUCGCAUGUGGUGAAGAUAUGGGUCAAUGGCAGGAUUCCGUGGUCGCAGAAUCCAUAGUGGACUCUGUAUAUAUGCACCAUUCGAUAAGAAGGUACAUAUUAGACCUAAUAGUUCACCUUAGGAUGCAUAGGCUUAGUAAACCUAGCCAGGGUGGAGGAGCACAUUCUAGGUCACUCAGUGAUAUGACUUUGCUUUGUAAAUGGAUCGCUUUGACGUCUGGAUCCUCGUUCAUUACUCCCGAUAUGGUUCAAACUGCAUGUGAACGAUAUUUUCCCUGGCAUCUUCAGUUGAUAGAAUCCUCGAAAGAGGACCCUAGUGUCAUGUACGGGUCUCAGGAAGAACUGGUUGACGAACUUAUCAACAGGUUUGAUACGUUUGCCAUUAAGAUGGCUCAAGAAUACAAGAAUCCUUUGUUCAAACAGCUUUGCAUAGUUCAAAGCGUGAUGAAGGAUAUCAUUCCAGCGACUUGA